AUGGAAAAUAAAAGUGAAUUCACCAAUACAAAUAAUAAAGAAUUUUAUCAAAAGGAAUAUGAUAAUAUUCCAUAUCAUAGAAAUGAAUAUAUGAAUAAUCAACAUAAUAAUGUAGAUUAUAUAAAUAAUAAUUAUACUCAUGAAAUAUCUUUAAUAAAUAAUAUAGAAAAUUUACAUAAUAAAAAUAACUCUAAUUUAUUAAGUGUUAACAAUGUACAAACACAAAUAUAUAAUAAUUUUCCAUUCACUUAUGAACAUGUAGAUAUUACUUGUAAAGAAAAAAAAAACGAUGGAAUAAAACAAAUAUAUGAAAAUGAAAAUAAAAAUGUAAAUAAAAAUGUAAAUAAAAAUGUAAAUAAAAAUGAAAAUGUCAAUAUAUGUAGAGAACAAAAUAAACAAAAUGAGCAAAAUAAUCCUUUUUUUCUCGAUUCUUAUAAAAAAGAAAAUGAUAUAAUACCAUGUGAUAAUAAUAUAAUAUCAUAUAACAAUGAAUCUUAUAAUUUACAUAUAAAUAAAAGAAAUACAAAUGAAACUCUUUCAAAAGAUGAGUACUUAUAUAAUAAUAAAAAUUAUGAAAUAUGUAAUAAUAACAACAACGACAACAAUAAUUAUAAUAAUAAUAAUAAUAAUAAUUUGUAUGUAAAUAAACAUGUCAUGAUGGAUUAUUAUAUGAAAGAUAACAAUCAAAAUAACUUAAACCCCUCAAACGUUAAUAAUAUAUAUCAUCAUAUUCAAUAUCCUGAUAAUAAUAAUAAUAGUAAUAAUUGUAAUGUAAAUUCAUUUGUCAACAGUAGUAUGAAGGGAACAAAUAAUUAUAUUAGACAUAAUAAUAAUAUUGAUAAUAUUAAUAAUAUAAAUAAUAUUGAUAAUAUAAAUAAUAUUAAUAAUAUUGCUAAUAUUGAUAAUAUGAAUCAUAUAAAUAAUACUGACAGUAUGAAUAAUAUGAAUAAUGUUAGUUGUGUAAAUAGCAAUCAUUCAGAGUCAUAUAAUAAACAAAUAAUUUACAAUAAUAAUAUGAAUUGUCAUAAUAAAAACAAUUAUAAUAUAAUAAAUUAUAGCAAUAAUAAUAGUAAUUUAUCUAAUUAUAAUAUGGGAGAUAUUAUAUCUCCACAUAAUACAUACACUCACUCAAGUUGUAAUCUUCAAAACUUUAAUAAUUAUAAUAUGUCAAUGUAUGAUAAUAAUUCCAUAAAACAAUUAUAUCAUAAUAAUAAUAAUAAUAUGUAUCUACAUAAUUAUCGUAAUAAUAAUAUUUAUAAUAAUGUAGAUAGUGGCAAAAAUAUAAAUAUACCUUUUCAUAAUAAUUAUAAUGAAAAUAUAAAUACAGAAUCUUAUAAUAAUAUGAUAAAUAAUAAUAUGAACAGACAUCAUAAUGUAACACCUAUGUUUAAUAAAAUAUUUGUAAAUUAUAAUAAUGACCAGAAUAUAAAAAAUAUACAUAAUGAGAAUAAUUUAUCAAGUUGUAAAAAUAUGCCUGUUGAAAAAAAUAAUACAUUUUUUAUUAAUGAAAAAUCUCAUUUUAUAGAAGAUAAAAAAUUAUAUUAUAAUAAUAUGAUGGGUUCAAAUAAUAUGGGUAUAUUAAAUUAUAAACAUCCUAUAUAUAAUAAUAUAAAUAAUUGUAUUCAAACAAAAGAAGAAAAUGAAAAAACAUUUCCAUCAUAUAUGAAUGAUUUAGCUGAUCAACAUAUUAGUGACCAGGAUAAUAUUCUAUGGAAGAAGCAGUCAUAUAAUAAUAUAAACAUUGUAGGUGAUAAAAAUGAAAAUGUAGAUGAAUUAUAUGAUAUGAAUUUUAAUACAUCUGCAGUAAAUAAAGAAAAAUUAAAUAUAGAAAAAUUAAAUAUAGAAAAAUUAAAUAAAGAAAAAUUAAAUAUAGAAAAAUACAAAACGGAUUCUUAUAAUAUAAAUAUGAUGGGACCUGUUCAUAUGGAUAAUAAAAUAAAUAGUGAUAAUAAUAAAAUAAAUAGUGAUAAUAAUAAAAUAAAUAGUGAUAAUAAUAAAAUAAAUAGUGAUAAUAAUAAAAUAAAUAGUGAUAAUAAUAAAAUAAAUAGUGAUAAUAAUAAAAUAAAUAGUGAUAAUAAUAAAUUAAAUAGUGAUAAUAAUAAAUUAAAUAGUGAUAAUAAUAAAAUAAAUAGUGAUGAUAAUAAAAUAAAUGGUGAUUAUAAUAAAAUAAAUAGUGAUAAUAACAAAAUAAAUAGUGAUUAUAAUAAAAUAAAUAGUGAUAAUAAUAAAAUAAAUAGCGAUAAUAAUAAAAUAAAUAGUGAUUAUAAUAAAAUAAAUAGUGAUAACAAUAAAAUAAAUAGUGAUUAUAAUAAUAAUAAUAAUUCUCCUUGGGAUACGAAUGUUUCAAAUUCGUUGUAUAAUAAUAAUUGCAUAAGUAAUAAUAAAAGCAAAUAUACAAAUAGAAGUAACUCGUAUGAACUUAGUUUAUUUAAAGAUAAUAAAAAAAAUAAGAUUAAUAGUAAUAAUAAUAAUAAUAAUAAAUAUGAUGAUAUGUUGAAUAAGAAGAUGUUAUAUAGUAUUUAUUUACAAUCAUUAUUAAAUAAUUUGAAUAAUGAAAUAUAUAAUGAUAAUAUAAAUGAAGAUGAUAAAUAUAGUUCUGUAAUUUAUAAAGAUUAUUUAAAAAGAAAUAAUAUAAAUAAUCAAUUAAUAUUAUAUAAUAAAACAAAAAAUAAUUUAUCGAAUAGAUUAUUUAAUAAUAUACCUAAUAUAAAUAAUUAUUUUUCUUAUUUAGAUUAUUAUAUUGAAUCAUUAAGAUUAUUAUAUAAUAAACUUUUAAGAAAUCGAAAUUUAAUAUUGAUAUUAGCAAAAGAAAUAUUUUCAAAAAAUAAAAAACUUGAUAAAAUAAAAAAUAAAAAUAUAUAUACUUCAAAUAAUGAAAAAUAUACAUAUAUAAGACAAUUAUUAUCAGUUCUAUUACCACAACCACCUAUGUAUCCUCCUAUAGAAAUUUGGUUUUUUAUGACUAAAAAAUAUGCAUCUCAACUACAUAAACUUCAUUUAACUAUAUAUAUGGUAUAUCAAAAAAUAAUAUAUAACUUUUCUAAUAUAUUAUUACAAAUAAAUAAUGAUAUGAAUAUUACUAAGCAAAAUAAAAUACAGAAAAAUAUAAAUGAAAGUAAUGAUUAUUUAAAUUUAUAUGAUCAUGAUGAAAAUGAAAAAAAAAAUAUUAAAUAUGAUGAUGAUAAACAGGAAGAAAGUUAUAAUCAAAAAUUAUAUAAUUUAAAAAAUAAAACUAAUUCAGAAACUUGUGAAAAUAAUACUAAUGUAGAGAUACAAUUAGAUCAACCUAUUAUUAAUAAUACUAUACCUCUAACAGAUCAAAAAAAAAUAAUCGUUCCUUUAAAUUGUGAUAAUAAUGAUGAUCAUCAUAUAAUAAAUAAUAUGGAUACAAAUAUGUUGAUUGAAAUAAAUAAAAAACUUGAAUAUAUUAUCACAUCUAUUAAUAAUAUUAAUAAAUUAAUAGAGAAAAAAAAAAACGUUCACGAUAUUUUACAAGGUGGUAAUAUAAAUGAAAAAAUAUAUAAUAUUCAUAAUAUGAAUAAUAUUCAUCCUAUACACACAAGUAAUGUGCGCACGUUUGAAAGUAUCAGUGAUAAUAUAAUAUCAUGUGAUGAUGAAAACAAUAUGAAUAUUAUUGAAGAAGAAGAAAAUUUUAAAAAUACAAAUGGAAGAACAAAUCAAAAAUUAAAUGAUAUACAUAAUAUAAAUAUUGAUAAAGAAAUAAAUAACAAUAUUGAAAAAAAUAAACAAAUACCUAUUAAUAACAAUCAAAUUAUAGCAUAUAAUAAUUUGGAAUAUAAUUCUUUGUUUAAUAAAUGGAAUAAUAUAAUAAAAUCAGAUAUGCAUAAUUAUAUUUAUGAAGAAAAUCCAUUCAAUAUAUUAGAUAAAAUAAAAUAUGAUUUAAAAGAUGUAUACAACCAAAUGAUGAAUUUAAAAAAAAACGAUAAUAUCUUAACUAUAAAUGAUAAAAUAUUACAUAAUCUUUUAAAAUUAGAUAAUUCAACUGAAAAUAUGGAUAUACCAAAUAUUUCAUAUGAUAAUAAAUGGAAAGAAAACAACAACAAUAAUAAUAAUAAUGAUAAUAAUAAUGAUAAUAAUAAUGAUGAUAAUAAUAACAAUAAUAAUAUCAAUAAUUAUGAUUUUAAUUUAAUAAAUAAAGAGGUUAAAAAUAAAGACACUUUUAAAGAACCAAAUUUAAUGUCUCAUAAUGAUUAUGCAGAUGAUUUAAGUAUAUGCUCAAAUGAAGAUAUAAAUGAUAUUAUAUAUAAUAUAAAUAGAACUGAUACUAUAUUAAAAAAGCUAAUGUAUCUUUCUAAUAAUUAUUAUAAUAAUAUGAUAGAAUAUGAUAAUUAUAUAUUACAAUCAUAUCAACACAAUGAUGAUAUCUUAAAUGAAUUAAAUAAUAAUACGGUUACAUAUUACAACAAUAUCAAAAAAACAAAAUCAUUUUAUAAUCAAUUAUUACCAAGAAAAAUAAAAAAUCAAAAUAUUAUAUUUAAUAAAAAUCAUAUUAUAGCAUCAAAUAAUAUAUAUAAUAAUAAUAAUAAUUUGUCAGACUCAGAAAUUAUGGAGAACGUUAUGUAUCCUUGCAAUCAAAAUGAUAAUCAGAUGAAUACAAAAGAAAGCAAUGAUAAUUUAAAAAAUAUUUCUCAAGAAAAUAAUUUUCUCUUACCUGAUAGUAAUAUAGAAAAAUUCAGUGACUUGAUAAAUGUAGAUAUGAACAAUAUUGAAGGAAAUAUAAAUAUGUUUAAUAAUAAUAAUAAUAAUAAUAAUAAUAUAUAUAAUAAUAUAUAUAAUAUGAAUUAUAAAAACAAUGUCAUAUCUUCUAACAAUAAUUAUAUGAAUAAUAUAAACAAUGAACAAAAUUUGAAUCCUAUGAAUUAUAAUACAUAUGGUUAUGAUUUAUCAAAUAAGGUUAAUCAUUUAUUUUAUAAUAAUAAUUAUAUGGAAGGAACAAAUAAUAUAUCUAAUAAUGAUAUAAUUCAAAAUGAUAAUAUGAAAGGUGUUUAUCCUCAUGUUUAUGAUAUCAAUAGUAAGGUAAAUGAUCAAACAAAUAAUUUUGAUACAUAUAUAAAUAUACCUAAUAAAUGUUCUAGUAAGGAUAAUAAAGACUCUCUUGGAGAAUAUAUAAAUGAUAGAGAAGAAAGUUAUUAUGAUAUAAAUGAAAACAUUAUUAUUAACAAUAUUAAUGAUAUGAAUAUUUAUGAUAGUAGUAAUAUUCUUAGUAAUAAUAACAAUUUGGAUUAUAUUAAAAAUAAUGAUAAUAAUAAUAAUAAUAAUGAUCCUGUAUUUGAUAGUAGAAAUUCAUAUGAAUGUUCUUUACCACUAUUAACAAAUGGAUCAUAUUAUUAUGAAAAUAAAAAUAAGACUUCUUCAAAUAUCUUAUGUAAUCAAGAUGUAAAUUUAACAGAUAAUAAUUUUAUAAAUUAUGAAUCGAAUAUAUCAAAUAAUUAUAAUAAUAAAAGUAGUAUAAAUCCAAAUAAAAAUUUGAAUAUUUUUCAUAACAAUGUGAUGAUAAAUGAUAAUAAUAUAAAUGAUAAUAAUAUAAAUAGUAAUAAUAUAAAUAAUAUAAAUAGUAAUAAUAUAAGUAAUAAUAAUAUAAAUAAUAAUAUCAUUAAUAAUGAUAACAUUUAUGACCACUUUAAUAAUUUCUCAAUGAAUAGUCCAAUGAUAGAUAUGAAUUCCUUUGAAGAAGAUUCAAACAAUUAUAAUAUGGUUCAUAUUAAUCAAACAGAUAUAAAUUUAAAAAAAAAUGGGGACCUUAUAAAUGAUAUUGAAAAUUUUUAUACACAUGAUAACACAUCUUCUCAUCUAUUAAAUUAUGAAGACUGUAAAAAUAUAGAUUUUAAUGAUGUUUCAAAUAUAGAAAUAGAACAAACAAAUAUAAUGGAUAGUAAUAAUAUGUAUAAUCAAAUAAUGGAAGAAAAUGAAACUAAUAAUUCUCAUAUGUCAUUAGAAGAAAAAAUAAAUCAAACAAAUGAUAUGUAUAAAGACGAUACUGAAAUAAAUGAUGAUUCGUUGGAGAUUUUAUUAGAAAAUAAUCAAAGUGAAAAAAAAAAAAAAAAAAAAGACAAUCAUCAUAAUAAGAAUAAGAAAAACAACAACAAUAAUGACAAGAAAAAAAAUGAGCAUGCACAUAAACAUGAGGAGAAUAAUAAUAAUGAAGAAGAAAAAGUACAAAGUUGUUCUAAUGAAUAUAUAGAUAGUAAUAACUCAGAUAAUAAUACUACAAAAGAUAAUAAAUAUCUCAAAAAUAAUAUAGAAAAUACAAAUUGUAAUACAAACCAAAAUAAUAAUGUCAUUUCAAAAAAUGUGGACAAUAGUUGUAAUAAGAGUGAUAUGUCCAAUGAAAAAGAUAAUAUAAAUAAUACAAAUAAAAUGAAAUUAAAGAAAAUGUUAGAAAUUACAAAUAAAUUAAUUGGAAAAAAAUAUAGAGGUAUAUGUUAUGAUCCUACCAGAAAUGGAUGGUCUACUUUUGUAUAUAAAGAUGGAGUUAGAUAUAAAAAAUUUUUUUCUUCUUUUAAAUAUGGAAAUUUACUAGCAAAAAAAAAAUGUAUUGAAUGGAGAUUAAGAAAUUUGAAUCCUAGUUCUCAUGCAUAUUCAUUUUCUUUAAAAGCAAAAGAAGAAUUUAACGAGGUUUUAAAUGAUAAUUAUAAAGAUGUAGGUAUAUUAUAUGACAAUAAAAAAGAUAAGAAUAACAAUCCAGAUGAUGGAAAUAGAGAUAUACUAUAUAUAAAUGCUUUCUUGAAUAUAUAUAAUGACGAAAAAGUUAAGGAAAAAUAUUCUACUGAUGAAAAUGAUGAUGAAAAAAACACACAAGAAAUAAAAGAAAUUAAAAAUAAAAUUCCAAAAAAAAAAAAAAAAACACUACAAAAUAUAAAUACUAAUGAGAAAUAUAAUGAUGACAAUGAAACGUGUAAUGGGCAUAAUAAAACUAUUAAAAUGACCAAUAAUAAUAAUAUGAUGGAUGAUACGCAACAUACAUAUAAUAAUGAUAUAAUAAAGGAAAAAAAAAAAAAAAAAAUAAUAAAUAAUAAUAAUAAUGAUAAUGUUCUAAAUACAGGAAAAAGAAAAAAUGAUAAACAAGAUAAUAUAAAUAAUCAUACGAAUGGUGAUUCUUCUUUGUUUAAUAAUUAUGAUGAUAACAUAGUUGAUAAAAAUAAAAAUUGUAAAUUAUUUAGUAAUACAUUAGAAAAGGAUGAAAAUAUUUCAUGUGAUAUGGAAAAUGUAUCAGAUAAUGUAUUAAAAAAUAAUGAAUAUAAAAGAAAGAAAAUGUGUUCAGUACCAGGAGAAAAACUAAUAAAAGAUACAAACGAUUUUAUUGAUAUGAUGUAUACAUUAGUAGAAAGUAAUAAUACAUUUAAUAACAAUUCGGAUUUACAAAGAGAUCAAAUGGAUGAUAAAAAUGAAGAGGAAGAAAAAAAAAAAACACCAAACAAUUUAAUAAAUAUGAAUAAUUGUGUUGAGUAUAAUCAUGAUAAUAAUAAUAAUAAUAAUAAUAAUAAUAAUAAUAAUAAUGAUAAUAAUAAUAAUAAUAAUGAUAAUAAUAAUGAUAAUAACACGAAGACAGAAAAUAUAUCUCUUAUUGACAAUAUUGACAUUACUUUGAAUAAUAUAAAUUCGGGAAUUUCUUUAGUGCAGGAUAAUAAUAUAUAUGAUAAAGAUAAAAGUAUUAAUCAUAUAAAUAGAUACGAAAAUAUGGAAGAAAUAAAUUUUAAACACCAUAAUAGUUAUAAUUUUAUAAAUGGAGAUUACAAAAAAGAGAAACAUCUUACAUCAUAUAAUGAUAAUUUAAAAAAUAUUGAAGAAGAUAUAUUUUUUAAUAAUACUAAAAAUAAUUUUGCUUUACAUAAUAAUAUAAAUAUUAAGAGCGAUGAAAAUUAUUUUGCUUAUAAAGAUAAAUUAUUAAAAUAUAUAAAUGAAUGUAAAUAUACAAAUGAGGAAGAGAAACAUAUAUUUGUUCAGUUUUUAAAAAUAAAAACAGAAUGGGUAUUAGUAGAAUUAAAUAACUUAGAAGAAAAAUAUCAUCAUUAUUUUAGAAAUAAAAUUGAAUCUUUUUAUAAAAACUAUUUAUUAAAAGUAAAAAAUAAUAAAAAACAAAAUGAAAACAUAAAAGAAUUAGAAAUAAUAUUUGAAAAUAAAUUAAAUACUCCAUGGAUGUGUAUGAUAUUUCCUUAUUAUUUUAUAUCCUAUUUUAAUUACAAAAUUUUUUGUAUUUUAAAAUGUACAAAAAAAAAAAAAGUAAAAAAAAAUACAAAUUUAAUAAAAGACAAAAUACUUACAUCAAAACUUAAAGGAGUAAAUUUUAUAAAAUAUAAAAAAGCAUGGUGUUUUACAUAUGUAGAUGUUGAUGAUAAAAAAAAAAAAAAAAUGUUCCCAGUAAAUGAUUAUGGUUUUGUUGAAUCUAAAGCUUUAUCUAUAUUAUUCAGAAAGAGUUUCUUUUUUCAUUUAAAUAAAAUACAUAAUUUUUUAAAAAAUAUUCUUUAUAAUAAAAAUAAUAUAUCAAAUACUAUAAUAAAUCAACAAAACACUUAUAAUAUAAAUGAAUAUAUUGAUCAUUAUAAAAAAUAUGAAGAAUUUCUAGUAUGUUAUGGAAAAAUUAUUUAUUUUAAUGAAAUGAAGAAUAUAUAUAUAUCAAGCGAAAAUAAGCAAAACGCUUUAAAUUAUAUGCCAAAGGAAAUAAAACAUCAAAUAUAUAAAAAUAUGUGUUCUAAAAUGGAUGAUAAUAAAGGCAACAAUGUGGAUAAUAAUAUAUAUAAUGAUAUGGAUAAUAAUAUAUAUAAUAAUGUAAAUAAUAAUAUAUAUAAUAAUAUAGAUAAUAAUAUAUAUAAUAAUGUAAAUAAUAAUAUAUAUAACCAUAUAGAUAAUAAUUCAUUUAAUAAUAUUUGUACCAGAAUUGAUCCAAUAAACCUAUUAAUAACUACUAGAUAUUAUUUUUUAAAAAAAUCAAAAAUAAUGAAUUUUCCCAAAGGCUUAGUUUAUUUAUCUGGAUAUUUUUUAUGGCUAGUUGCAUUUUUAAAUAAUAAUAACCAAGAAAUAAUUAUAUCCUUUUCUGUACGUAAAUAUUCAUAUGAUAUAGCUAAAUCGAAAUGUUUAGAAUGUUAUUAUUGUUUAUUACAUAAAUAUAAAUUUAAACCACUUAAUAUAUCAGGUGUUAUAGAUAUUGUAUUAGAGAGUGAUAUCGAAUGUAAAAAUUAUAAUUUAUUAGAUUAUUCAUCUGAAGAUAUUAUGUCACUAGAAUAUCUAUUUCAAUAUUUUUCUCCAUCAUCAUAUGUUUUACAUAAUAAUACAUUAUAUAAAAAAAUUAUAAUAAAGAAUCAAGAAUUACAUAAGGAAUAUGAUAAAUUAUUUCCAGGAAAAUAUGUACAUUUGAAUACAUAUCAAACAUAUCAAAUAACAAAUAACGAUCUAAUAGAUAAUAAUAUAAAAUCUGCAAAUGAUGAAAUGGUUUCUAAUAUAUCUAAUGAACAAUUAUCGCAAGAUUAUAAGAAUAAUUAUAUAUCAUCUAAAAAUGAACAAAAUAAAUUUGAUACUAUGAUAUAUAAUAAACAAGAGGAGUACCAUGAUGUAUAUAAGGAACAAACCAAUAAAAAUAAGGAGCAGCAUAUAUCAAAUAUAUCAAAUAUAUCAAAUAUGUCAAAUAUAUCAAAUGAUUUAUCUCCUUUACUAUAUGACCAUCAAAAUGUUACAUACAAGCAAAAUGACAAGAAAAGUAUUCCCUUAUGUUUUUCAGAUGAUGAAGAAGAUAAAGAAAUUAGUGAUAAGAUAAAAAAGAAAAAAGAUAACAAUUUAAAUUGUAUGCCUCACUUUCACAAUGAAAUGAAUAAAAAAGGUACUAACUCAAAUAUUGCAAAUCAUAAUAUAAAUGUGCAAAUGCAUGAUUCGAUGAAUGGACCGACCAUGUACGAAAAAAUAAAUAUGGAUAAUAAAAAUAAUACUAACAAAAUUGAUGAUAAUAUAAAUAAUAAUAAUAAUAAUAAUAGUAGUAGUAGUAGUUGUUUUUAUGUUGAAAAUGUGAACAGACAACAUGACAGUACUAAUACAGAGAAUUUGUUUACUUCCAAAAAGGUUGAAGACACAUAUAACCAAACAUACUUAAACAAUGACUAUUACAACAAGAUAUUAAAUAAAAAGAUAUGCUUCUUUUUUGAUAAUAAUAUACAAGAUAUUUAUUUAAAAAAAUAUUAUAAUGAAUUGUUUAAUGAAAAAUUAAAUGAAGAAGAAAAUAUAAAAAAUGAACAUAUUUUAUUCAAAACAAUUGAUAAAAAAGAAGAAAAUAUCGGAAUUUUUAUUUUAUUAAAUUGUCAAUGGUUAUCUGAUUCUUUUGUUAAUAAUAUUAAUCAAAUAGAAACAAAAUAUGCCGAUAUUUAUUCUUUUAAAAAUUAUCUUAAUACAUGUGAAGAAGUUUAUAAUUGGAAAUAUAAAAAGAAUUUUAUUAAAGAAUGUGCAGAGAUUUCAAAAAAAUUUCCAAGAAUUGUUGGUGUUCAUUAUGAUUCUUAUGCAAGUGCAUGGGUUGUUAAUUGCUCAUUUAAUAAAAAAAGACAUGAUAAAAAGUUUUCUGUAAAAACAUUUGGAUUUCUACAAGCAAGAAAACUAGCUAUUGAAUACAGGGAAAAAUGGAUACAAUUAAAAACUUUCCAUCGUCUAAACAAUUUGAAAAAAAAAAAAGAAAAUCUAUAA